AUGGGGAGUAGCAAGGGGAGCAAUAAACCAAUACGUGUAGCAUUUCAAGGGGAGAAGGAGCAUAUAGUGAAGCUGCUAUGUGGUACUAUACAUGCUAAUUAUGAUUUAUUAUUACGUUACAGUGGAUUAGUAUUCAUACUUGGUGAAAUAGAUUUCCCUGUUAAACAUUGUCUAUUAACAAGGAGAAAGAUAGAUAACCCAUCUAAAGUAGAUAGAGCCUAUUCUCAUCCACAAGCUUUAGCACAAUGUGCUCUAUAUUUACGCCAACAUAAUAUUAAAUCUAUUAUAUAUGGUGAUACAGCUGGAGCUGCUAAAAUGUUAUCAAGUAUCAGCAUAAAUGAUGAUGAUGAAGAAGAGGGUAUUAGUGCUGCGAUAAGUAGUAGACUAGCUGCUGAUAUAUACAAUCUACAUGUUGUUGAUACCGAUAUACAAGAUAUAGCUUUUAAUCAUACUAGGUUCUUACUAUUGGGUCACACACCAUCUCCAUUUGUUAAUAUGGAUAAUACUACUAUACCUACUAAGGUUAGUAUAGUAUUCAGAGUACAAGAUACGCCUGGCAGUAUGUAUACAUCUUUAUCAGCAUUCAGUCAUAGGAAUUUACAAUUAACCAAACUAGAAUCAAGACCAGUACCACCUGCUAUGCUCGAUGAUACCACUAAGUACGGUAAAUUUGCCCAAUUCUUAUGUGAUCGAUUGACGAGAGUAUGUGGUGAUACUACGACUUUCAGUGCUACUAAUAGGAAGGAUGGUGAUGAUAGAUGGAGAUCUGAUCAUGCUAAGACACUUGGUAUAAGAUACUAUCCUGAUAUGAAUAUAAAAGCUAUGCUACAUCAUGAGCAACCCGAUAUUAUUGUUAUUGCCACCUCAAUAUUAUCAUUAAAGGAUGUUAUACAUGAAUUAUCAUCAGCAAUCAAGUCAACAACAACAACAACAAGAAGGAGAUCAAAGAAAAACCUACUAAUAGUGGAUGUAUGUAGCGUGAAGGAGUAUCCUAAAGAACUUUUGAAAGAGGCAUUCUUCCAAAAUGAUGAUGAUGAUGAUACAUCCUAUAUUACUACAUCAUUAUCUCAACUACUGGCGUUCCAAAGUAGUUUCCAUAAGGUGAAGGAUAUGUUGCUACUAGAAGACGAUAAAGAUGAUGAAGAAGAAGAUGACGAUAAUAAUGUCGACGAUAUUACCUUAAAGACUAUUCCAUACUCGAACCUAUGUGAUAGAGUACCUUCUAGUACAACUGUUAGACUACAUGCUCAAGCGACAGAAUUAAAGAGAGAGGGUCGAGAUAUACAAGGAGCAUUAGGUGUUGGGGAACCUGAUUUUAAACCACCAAUAGAGAUAACAUCAGCUAUUGCAUCAUCAUUAACAUCAGGAGAAGGGUGCAGAUACUCCCCCUCCAAUGGUAUAUUCAAUCUCAGAAAGGCAAUAGCAGAUGAUCUUCGUAUACGUAAAGGUAUUGAAGGCAUUGAGCCUAAGAAUGUAGUUAUUACUGCUAGUGGCAAGGCUGCUAUUGCUGCUUCCUUUAUGGCUAUUCUUAAUGCUGGAGAUGAGAUAAUAAUACCUACUCCAUGUUGGCCAACAUUCCCAGAUUUGGCUCGUAUGUGUGAUGCUACCCCAGUAUAUGUCCAAAGCAUCUCUCCUCAAUAUGCUAUUACUGCUCAUAGCAUAGCAUCUGCUAUCACUUCCAAGACUAAGAUCAUAGUCUUGAACUCACCGUGUAACCCUACUGGUUAUGUCAUACCCAAGGAUGAAUUGGUACGUAUUGCUGAACUCCUACAACAACAUACCGGCAUUAUGGCUGUAUGUGAUGAUCUUUACGAAAGGUUGGUAUAUGAUGGGGAUAUUCAUUAUACUCUAGCGGGUGUAUGUAGUCCAAUAGUGAGAGAUAGGAUAAUUACGAUCGGUGGAUUCUCCAAAGCAUUCGCUAUGACUGGUUUACGUCUUGGGUAUGCUGUAUGUAGUGAUGAUCGUUGGAUCGAUAGAGCUAUUGGGAAGAUAUUAGGUCAAGUAACAGGUUGUCCAUGCACAGCAUCCCAAAUUGGAGGCGUAGCUGCUUUAUGUGAUGUAUCAUCAUCUUGGCAUAAGGAUAGAUUAGCAGAACUCCAAUAUAAAAGGGAUACACUCUUUGAUCGUCUAAGAAUGAUACCUAAUGUUAUAUGUCCGGAUAAACCCCCAAAAGGUGCUUUCUAUGCAAUGCCUGAUCUGGGGUAUUAUGUUAACAAAUUAAGACACUCGAAGGGAGAUCCUACACUAGGAGUUGCUCAACUCUGUGAACAUCUAUUAUCUUCACAUGGUUUAUCGAUAGUACCUGGAGACGGGUUUUGCACCACACAACCAGUAGUCAGGCUGUCAUAUGCAACAUCGAUCGAGAAUAUUCAUGAUGCCUGCAAUAGACUUCAAGACUUCCUUCUAGUAUUGGAAGCAUCUUAAGUCACCAUCAACACGAAUAAGGACAUAACCGAUGACAUUCAAUAUGGACCUGCAUCCACGUGGAUUUUUUUCAUGUCAACUUGACCUGUAUUGGUGAAGUAUUUCCACGACAUUGUUCUAGACAUAC